UCGUUUUAAUUUGGGUUAUAUUCCAAAUUCAAGAGCAUUUUUCUCAACUCACCCUCGUUUCCUUUCCAAUUCCACCGUCUGCGUCCUUGCGAACGAUUGAACCCCCAUUCCGCCUGUCCACUACCUUCGAGUUGGAGUUUGGAUGAGAAGAAAGCGGUCAGGCUGUUGCCUAUCUAAGAUAAUAGAAAGAAAGCGUGCUUUUGCACUCCGUUUUCUUCUUUGCAUAUCAAAGGCAGGAAUUGGAUUGGACAAAGCAUCAACUCUGCCUGCUUAACCGCCUAGGGUUAGGUUAGCACUUCGCAAAUCAUCUCAAGUGGUCCCACUCUCCUGCUCUGAAGCAGCCAAGCUGUUGAUUGAGGGCUUUAAACCCCCGAAAUUUUCUGCCAUUUAACUAAGCUGCCGAUUCAAUCGGGACUCUUGUGAGGAAGGUUUUCAGUUGAAGAAUGGCAGCUUCAGGAUCUAAGUCACUGAAAGAAUAUCUUAAAAAAUAUGAAAGUACAGCUAAUGAAGAAGAGAAGAAAAAGAAGAAGAAGAAAAAGAAACCAGAUUCAAAUCGCGUUACAGGAGUUCUGGUGGUUGAUGAAGAUCCAGAUUGGCAAAAACCCAUAAUUCUUGAGCAAGAGGACAAUGAUUCAGCUGAUGAAGAGAAGCCCCAAGUUGAUGAAGAUGUUGAAGUCAGACGAAUGAAGCGGCUGGAGCAAAUUAGGUUGAGAAGGCCCUAUAAUGCUAUAGCUGAGGAUGGAAGUGGUUGGGUUUCACUUGAUCCUGUACUCUCAGAUUUGAACCAACUAAAUCCUGAUAUGUCCCCCCCUCGUAAAAGGAGGGCUCGAAAUGACACCCCUUCACCUGAACCUGAAACCAAGCCACCAGGUUUUGUUAGAGAAAGUGCUGAUUUAUCUCCUCCACGGCCACGGAGGAACUGCCAGGAUACUCCAUCUCAUUCUAAUUCUGAUUUGUCUCCACCUCGUAAGCAUAGGGCCAAAAAUGGUGUAGAUUCACCUGCAAGAGGGGAUCUUGAUUUGUCACCUCCAAAGCAGCAACGGAGACGAUAUCGAGCGCCAUCUCCUGAACCUGACCAAAGGCCUGGACAGUCCACUGGGCUGGAUUCUGAUCUAUCCCCACCUCGGAAACGUAGGGCCAGGAAUGACGCACCUUCAUCUGAACAAGAACUUAAACCUGUCAGCAAAGAUGCCGACUUGUCACCUCCUCGUCGGCUCCGGAACCGUCAUCACACUCCAUCACCUGGACCUAAAGAUUCUGUUUCUCGGCGAGCUAAACGAGUUUCAUCUUAUCAAGGUGAUAUGUGGGUCUCUAACUUGGAUCUUUCUCCACCUAGGAAAAAUAAGAAGGAUGCUGGUAAACAUGACCUUUCUCCACCCAGGAGGACUCUGAAAGAAGAAUUGUCUGUUUCAGCUCCCUCGAAAGUGCUUUCAAGAACUGGAUUGAUUAGUGGCAAUGAUAUCCGGGAAGAAAUUUCUAAAACUAAGAACGAGGACCUAUUGAGGUUUCAAGGGAUGGAUCCUUCUAUAACUGGACAAGGUGCCGAAGCUGUAUACCGUGAUAAGAAAAAAGGAGAACGUAUAUCAAAGGAUGAUUACCUAAAAUCAAAACAAAAAGGACAAGAAAAACCCAAGGAGAUUAAAUUAGAAUGGGGCAAAGGCUUGGCUCAGAAGCGGGAAGCUGAAGCUAGACUGCAGGAAUUAGAACUUGAGAAGGACAAACCAUUUGCGCGAAACAGAGAUGAUCCAGAGCUUGACAAAAUGAUGAAGGAUAGACUAAGAUGGGGUGACCCUAUGGCUCAUUUGGUCAAGAAAAAGUAUUCUGAGCCAGUUCUUGAAGACCUUGGGGAUAAUGAGAAGAUGAAGGAAUCAGGGUUUCUGAUUCCUCAGGAAAUUCCUAGUCAUAGCUGGAUAAAAAGAGGGCUAGAUGCAGCACCUAAUCGGUAUGGUAUAAGGCCAGGAAGACAUUGGGACGGGGUCGAUCGUAGUACUGGAUAUGAACAGCAAUUGUUCAAAAGGAUGAAUGAGAAACGUGCUACAGAGAGAGAAGCUUAUCUCUGGUCGGUAUCAGAUAUGUAACUUGAAGCUUGCCAUCUUGGCAGAUUACCCAAUUACUGUCUCCAAGCGGGAGCUGGAAAUAACAGUAGAAUUUGAGCCUCAUGUUCAUUGCAGCUGCAAGAAUUUUGUGGUGUAAGUGAUGCAAGCAUGAGGUUUACUUGUAUACCUUAAGGUGCAUUGACUGGGAUCUCUAAAUUUGUGCAAUGUACUCAUGAAGAUAUGUGUGCUUUGUUUCAUUGCAGAGCCAUCUCAUACUGACAACAGUUUUUCAAGUAUAAGAAAUGAGACAUUUUAUUCCUGUCUAUUGAGUAUUUUGCAGUUACAUUCUUGGACGUAGAGGCAUAAAGUAAUUUGUAGAUCAAAGAGGCUGUGUCCAAAGUCCGAAGCUGAAGCUUUGGAGUGAUUAUCUUCCGUUAAGCAAGCUAGUCAGAAUGAGUCGAAAUAUUAAUGAAGACGAUAGUUACUUUAUUAAGUAUGUGACACGCAGAUAUUUCCCAAACGGAUUUGUGAAGAAGUUUUAUUUGGGAGAUAAGGCUUAUUUAUGUAUUUGCCAUUUCAAAGAAUUAUAAGCAAAUUGAUUUUCAA